CACGACACAGCCCUGCACCGCCACGCCGCGUCGCGCCGCCAGCGGCGUCCCAUCCAGGCUUUCCAGCCGCCAUGACGAGGAAGCACGCGGGCCCCGGCGUCCUCCGUGCCCUGGUGGCCGUCGCCGCCUCCGUCGCGUCCCCCUCGGCCUCUCGCUCUCCUCCUCGGCGCGCCGCGCCGUUCCUCGCCGUGCUCCUCCGCCGUGGCCGCGCCGAGGCCUCCGCGCGCCUCAACCGCCUGCUCCGCCUGGUGCCCCUCCCGGAAUCCCCAGCACUCCUCUCGUCCCUCCCUUCCGUCCGCGACGCCGUCUCCUACAACACCGUGCUCGCGGCGCUCUGCCGCCAGGGUGGCUGCCUCGACGCCGCGCUCUUCCUCCUCCGCGUCAUGGCGCACGAGACCCGCCCCACCGCCGUCUCCUACACCACCCUCAUGCGCGCGCUCUGCGCCGAACGUCGCACCGGCCAGGCCGUCGGGCUGCUUCGGGACAUGCAGGCCUCCGGCGUCCGCCCCGACGUGGUCACCUACGGCACGCUCAUCCGUGGCCUGUGCGACGCCGCGGACGUCGACAAGGCCGUCGAGCUGCUGCGUGAGAUGUGCGAGAGUGGCAUCGAGCCUAACGUGGUCGUGUACAGCUGCUUGCUCCAGGGGUACUGCAAGGCUGGGCGGUGGGAAUGCGUAAGCAAGGUGUUUGAGGAAAUGUCCGGCAGGGGUAUUGAGCCAGAUGUUGUGAUGUACACUGGUCUGAUCGAUAGCCUGUGUAGAGAAGGGAAGGUGAAAAAGGCAACACAGGUGAUGGACAAGAUGAUGGAGCGGGGUCUGGAGCCAAAUGUAGUGACUUACAAUGUGUUAAUCAAUUCUAUGUGCAAGGAAGGGUCAGUGAAGGAGGCGAUGAGUUUGCGGAACAAUAUGUUGGAAAAGGGGGUGGCGCUGGAUGCUGUGACAUAUAACACGCUGAUCACGGGGCUAUCUGGUGUGCUCGAGAUGGAUGAGGCGAUGGGGUUGCUAGAGGAGAUGAUUCAUGGUGAAACUAUGGUUGAGCCUAAUGUGGUUACAUUCAACUCGGUUAUCCAUGGACUUUGUAAGACUGGUAGGAUGAGACAAGCAUUCCAGGUUCGUGACAUGAUGGCUGAGAACGGGUGUGCGUGUAACUUGGUGACAUUUAAUCUGCUGAUUGGCGGACUCCUUCGAGUCCACAAGGUAAAGAAGGCUAUGGAGCUGAUGGAUGAGAUGGCUAGUUCUGGAUUGGAGCCUGAUUCAUUCACCUAUAGCAUAUUGAUAAAUGGUUUCUGCAAAAUGUGGCAAGUUGACCGUGCAGAAAGCCUAUUGUCUAAAAUGAGACGUGACGGAAUAGAGCCUGAGCUAGUUCACUAUAUCCCUUUGCUUGCGGCUCUGUGUGAACAGGGUAUGAUGGAGCAGGCUAGGAAUUUUUUUGAUGAAAUGCAUAAGAACUGCAAGCUAGAUGUUGUUGCAUAUAGCACUAUGAUCCAUGGUGCUUGCAGAUUAAGGGACAGGAAAAGUGCAGAAGAGUUUCUUAAACAUAUGCUUGAUGAGGGGCUGAUUCCUGAUUCUGUGACAUAUUCUAUGCUAAUCAACAUGUUCGCAAACUCAGGAGACCUAGGAGCAGCAGAGAGGGUGCUUAAACAGAUGACUGCAAGUGGCUUUGUACCUGAUGUUGCUGUAUUUGAUUCAUUGAUCAAAGGUUAUGGAGCUAAAGGUGACACCGAGAAGGUUCUAGAGUUAAUUCGUGAAAUGACAGCCAAGGAUAUAGCUCUUGAUUCAAAAAUUAUUUCAACUAUUUACACUUGUCUGGUUGCAAACAAUGAAGGCAAAGCGUUAUUGCAGAGUGUGCCUGGUUUUGAUACAGAAGUAUCAAAGGGGGCCGUCAUCUCGUCCCAUGAGUUAACGAAUAUGCUACAUAAAUUGUGCAAUAAAGUUGAACCUGCCGUUGCCUGCUGAGCCGCGAUUCCAAUUCAGGUGCCAGUGCAGGCCAUGUCGUGAAAGAGCAAAGCUGUUAGAAACCACAUGUGAGAGCAGAAGUACAUAUUCAAAUUAUCAAAUCUGGUGCACACUUAUUUGUCACACUGUUGGUUAAGUGCUGCCUUCAAUUUCAUGUGGUAUGGAAAUUCGGUGUCUUCGAGAAGUUUUGGAAUAUUGCAACUUUAAGUACCUUCUGGUAAAAAGACAAUUAGAGUAUUGUCAUCAAAGAUGGUAUCUUGGUGAAUGCAGGAGGGAGAAUGGCCAUUGUCACCAAGUUUCCAGAUGAGCAUUUUUUUUCAUAUGAUCGCUUCCAUUACCAGGAUAACGGAAGAACACUAGUUCACCACACACAGAGUUUCCAGAUGAGCAUGACCACAACAUCCAGUCAGUCACUGGUGGAGUUUAGUUGAUCCAGUAGGGGCCAUCGCCCCACCAGCAAAUGUGCAACACUAGUGAAUAUGCAUCAGGAUUUUAGAUGCCAGAGCUAGUUGUAAUGCAAAGUUACUGACUAACUCAUGUGUACUCAAGGCUAGUCCCCCCUUGAUUUGCCCUCAAGCUCCACCACUGCAUCCAGGCAACCACGGUUACAGGGCUAUCAACCAAUCCUUGUAGGGGUAUUCACUGGUUCCACAACCAACUGAGAUUGUCUGGUCCAAACCGCACAACUUUCAGGUAUGGGAGUCAAAUUAACCAGAUCCGUCUGUCUACACGAUAUCCUACUGGGUGGUACGGGUUGCUACUUGCAACCCAAAGUUCCCACCAGACUGAGUUGUGCGGUGGAGUGGUUGACAGCACCAAGUCAGAUCAAGGUACAUAACUCGUCGGUUGUGUUUCCUUGGCAUGCCACUACCUCCAGGCCAAGAGUGUUUCUAUCAGUGACAACCAAGGGGUCAACAAGCAUGCCUGCUUACGUGCCACUCACCUCUGCAGCCGACGUUCUGAAGACAUUGGCGUCAGAGUUGGACUUGUCAGCUGAGGAAGUGUGCAUCUGUAUGACUGUAUGUCCAAGCCCUAGUGUGGGUAAUGCUUAUCUCUUUCUAGCCCUAGUUAUCAUUGAUUAUUUAUUUUUGUUGUUAGUAGCUUCCUGGUCGGAUUAAAAAAAAAAGUGUUUUCCCGUCUUAUUCCUGCUCUCAAUUUGCUAACUCAUUUUUUUGUUUUGUUUUACCUGAUUUACCUCGAAAACGAUAGGGGUGUUUCUAUUGUACUUAGUUACGCAGUACUAUUUUUAUGGUCCACAUUUUUGUUAAGACAGCAUGACCUACCAUGCGCAUAUUCAGACUUUGACAGGUUGAGAAGAUA